CCGGUACAUACAGAUGGAAUUUUUGGUCGACACACAGAUGGAUCUUCGUACGAUGUCUUUGGUCGCUUCUUCCCUGGAUCCGACUGCGCGUAGCCUCUGUCUUAUUUCUCGACGUACGAAUCGAAUACCUCCCUCGGUUUCGUCCCUUGCUUUGCCUGCCUCUUCGCUUUUGUCCUGAACUUGUCAGAACAGCCAGGACCUGUUACCCGUAUUGCUAACCACCUACCACGAUGCUAUGACCGAAGGGAGCUCGCUUCUUCCCCUUCUAAAGUUGGUGCCCUCCAGCGAACCACCGCUGAAGACGCCCUAGAUUUUGCGAGUCUAACAAUCUACCAACUAGUUUCGAACGAUAAACUGGCCUUGGGCUUUCAUUCUUCCCAUCAUGGCUCUUCUUGAACACUUCCGUAAUCACAGCCGUGUCCUGGACGAUGUUACAAUGAACGAUGUAUGGGACAAGGGAAAGGCCCUCACUUUGAGAGCCUGGGGGCGGUCGACACGGCGAAUGCGCAUAUCUGGCGCCUUCAUCAUAUUCCUCUCUCUCUCGCUCUAUCUGUCAUAUCCCCAGUUGCAGAAUGUAGAACUCAGUCUCCCGAGCGUCUCCCUCGAUUACCACUACGAGCAGCAGGCGUCAAAAUUCAACGAGUCCAAGGUCGCUCUAUUGAUCGAGAACCGUCCGUUCCCACUACUUGCGCCCCUGAUGCUACACUUCAUCAGUGUCGUCCCGCCGGACUGGCGCUUCCGAUUCAUGGGCUCCGUCGAGAGCGUGGAACACAUCAAUAAAAGCAUGGCGAUCCGGGAGCAAGUUGCUGCCGGUAAACUCGACCUGACGUACAUCCCUGCCAACAUGAGCACCGGAUCGCAAGAGGAGAUUUCGCGCUUCUUGACCAACCUGUGGCUCUACGAGGUUGUUUUGCAGCCCGCCGAGUGGUUGCUCGUCUUUCAAACCGACAGCAUUCUGUGCGCCAACAGCCACCAGAGCCUUAAUGACUACCUCGAGUUCGACUGGGUUGGCGCGCCGUGGAAUCCCAGGGGCCGGUUCGGUGGCAACGGUGGUCUGUCGCUACGCCGCGUCAGCGCCAUCAUUGACGUCCUACGCAAUCAGCAGCGCGUCGACGGCUCCGAGCCCGAGGAUGUGUGGCUGACGGACCGGCUCGGCCACCGGCCGGGAUCGACACUCGCAAACGGGACCGUCUCGACAAGCUUCUCCGGCGAGGCGCAUUCAGGCAAGCCCAUCCGUCCCGAUGCGGACAGCAAGAACAUCUCAGCCAUCGCCCAUAAGGGGCUGUACAAUACCACAUUGGACACGGUGGAUCCCGACGAUUACGUCGAGGGGAUCGACGAGUGGCGCAACGGCUUCUACGAGCCCAUGGGCUACCACACGGGCGGCAGCGGCCGGACGCUCCACGGCGGCAUCUGGGGCACCCCCGAGCGGCGCAAGCAUAUCUGGGAGUACUGCCCCGAGGUCAAGAUGACGCUGCGGAUGGACGUGGCCCAGUACGUGCCCGGAAACUGCGGUUCGAACUGGAAGCGUUGGGACAUGGGUGACGAGGGCGCAGAGACCGGCGCCGAAGCCGCUAGCUCCGAGGAUCUCGGCCAUGGUACGGAGAUCAUCGACGGGGAGGAGUACCCGUUGCUGCCGGAGAACCUUACGCCGUGGUGAAAUGGCGUCCUACUGGAGGUGGAGGUGCAAAAAAGAAAAAGAAAACUUAUUGUAACAUAAGUCUAGAUUUGGUUCGCGCGUCUUGCGCAGCAUUGGAGCAUGGGAGUUACAUUGGGCGCUUUUAUACCACUUUUAAUUACACGCACAACCGGGAGAGGAGCGAGGCGCCGACGGGGGAUUUCAAGGCCAGCAUCGAGGAGCCGAUUCGCGUGGGAAGGCGCUGAGAAUUUCAAGGAAGAGGAUGAUAUCCUUAGGUGUACAGUACCAAGCGUGUUCUCCCGCUUGAGAUGGCUCGAGAGGGGCACGGGGGAGAAAUGGAAUGGCAAGGGGUCAAAAACAGAGAAAUCAAUCACUCCACGUACGUUGAUAACCCA